CCAGCUUUCAGCCGACGGCAUACAAUUGUAAACAUUAGCCAUCCGGGCGCCACUUCUUUCUGCCGCUGGGAUGGACACAUAAAGCUUCAUGGCUUCUGUCACAACUGUUGAUCAACACAGCCGGAGCCCUUGACCCCCUGACCUCUCUGAAUAUAACAGAAGGUCAACCCCGAGGUGUGGGACCCGACAUCGCUCUGUAGUGCAUGGACGCGAAGCCGAUGCGCAGGGUCACCAGCGCACGCCAAGACGCCACCGGAAUGGACAUCACCAGCCGCUGCACCCUGGGGGACCCCAACAAGCUCCCGGAGGGCGUCCCCCAGCCCGCACGCAUGCCCUACGUCUCGGACAAGCACCCGCGGCAGACCCUGGAGGUCAUCAACCUGCUGCGGAAGCACCGGGAGCUCUGCGACGUGGUGCUGGUGGUGGGCGCCAAGAAGAUCUACGCCCACCGCGUCAUCCUGUCCGCCUGCAGCCCGUACUUCAGGGCGAUGUUCACCGGGGAGCUGGCGGAGAGCCGGCAGACGGAAGUGGUCAUCCGCGACAUCGACGAGCGAGCCAUGGAGCUGCUCAUCGACUUCGCCUACACCUCGCAGGUGACGGUAGAGGAGGGAAACGUGCAGACGCUGCUCCCCGCCGCCUGCCUCCUGCAGCUGGCCGAGAUCCAGGAGGCCUGCUGCGAGUUCCUCAAGCGGCAGCUGGAUCCCUCCAACUGCCUGGGCAUCCGGGCCUUCGCCGACACGCACUCCUGCCGCGAGCUGCUGCGCAUCGCCGACAAGUUCACCCAGCACAACUUCCAGGAGGUGAUGGAAAGCGAGGAGUUCAUGCUGCUGCCCGCCAACCAGCUGAUCGACAUCAUCUCCAGCGACGAGCUCAACGUGCGCAGCGAGGAGCAGGUGUUCAACGCCGUGAUGGCCUGGGUGAAGUACAGCAUCCAAGAGCGCCGGCCGCAGCUGCCCCAGGUCCUGCAGCAUGUCCGUCUGCCGCUGCUCAGCCCAAAGUUCCUGGUGGGCACCGUGGGGUCCGACCCGCUCAUCAAGAGCGACGAGGAGUGCAGAGACCUGGUUGACGAGGCGAAGAACUACCUGCUGCUGCCGCAGGAGAGGCCCCUGAUGCAGGGCCCCAGGACCCGGCCCAGGAAACCCAUCCGCUGUGGAGAGGUCCUCUUUGCAGUGGGCGGUUGGUGCAGCGGCGACGCCAUAUCCAGCGUGGAGCGCUACGACCCCCAGACCAACGAGUGGCGCAUGGUGGCGUCGAUGAGCAAGCGGCGGUGCGGCGUCGGCGUCAGCGUCCUGGACGACCUGCUGUACGCGGUGGGGGGUCACGACGGCUCCUCCUACCUCAACUCCGUGGAGCGGUGGGCGCCGCGGUCUCUCACGGCUCAGGUUUGGACUCCAACGUUACGAGCGUGUUCUCACAUCUCGUCUCCGCCCCCCCCGUCCAGAUACGACCCGAAGACCAAUCAGUGGAGCAGCGACGUGGCGCCCACCAGCACGUGUCGCACCAGCGUGGGCGUGGCCGUCCUCGGCGGUUACCUGUACGCCGUCGGGGGACAGGACGGCGUUUCCUGUCUCAACAUCGUAGAACGGUACGACCCCAAGGAGAACAAAUGGACCCGCGUGGCCUCCAUGAGCACCAGGCGGCUGGGCGUCGCCGUCGCCGUGCUGGGGGGCUUCCUGUACGCCGUGGGGGGGUCGGACGGGACGUCGCCAUUAAACACAGUGGAGCGGUACAACCCUCAGGAGAACCGCUGGCACACGGUGUCCCCGAUGGGCACCCGGAGGAAGCACCUGGGCUGCGCCGUCUACCAGGACAUGAUCUACUCCGUCGGGGGGAGAGACGACACCACGGAGCUGAGCAGCGCCGAGCGCUACAACCCCAGGACCAACCAGUGGUCUCCGGUGGUUGCCAUGACGUCCAGGCGGAGCGGGGUGGGCUUGGCUGUGGUGAACGGUCAGCUGAUGGCCGUGGGCGGCUUCGACGGGACGACGUACCUCAAAACGAUAGAAGUCUACGACCCCGACGCCAACACCUGGAGGUUGUACGGAGGAAUGAACUACCGGCGGCUCGGCGGAGGGGUGGGCGUCAUCAAAAUGACUCACUGUGAAUCUCACAUAUGGUAACGCCAGACCCCCCCCCCCCCCCACACACACAGACACACACACUCUCUCACCACGUUGCAAUGGAUGCCUCUUUUCACCGACUGCCGUGCCUCCAACAGAGACGCUGCAGUUCUUGCGAGGAUGAGAUGGACGUGGGGGGGGCGAGACGGAGAGAGGAACAAACUUUGGACUCUGUGCUCGUCCCCCAAACCCCCCCCCCCCCAUACACACACGCCCACACACACACUCCGAGGUCAUCGACUUUGGGAUGUGCUUGUUGUCUUCAUCGGUCAGCAUGAAGUCUUCAAACGGGCUCGGCCCCCCCCCCCCCACACUCGAGCGUCUCCAUCCGGGCCGCUUGUUUCUCCCGACUGUUACGGACCUCCAGCUGAAGGAGACCGGCUCACGCUUCAGAGGUCAAACCUCCCCCCCCCCCCCCGGAGAAGAAUAACAACGUUUGUGUUUGUUUUAACAUGCUAGCCCCCAAGUUGUCCGUUUACUGACUGCACUUUUUUUCUUCUUUCUUCUUCCGGUGUGGAAGCGUCUCUGGCUCUCAUUAAACGGUGGGAAGUUGUCGGGGAAACGAGAUGCAGUGAUUUGUUCCCCGGCCCGAUGAGUCGCAUGAGAGGAAGUCAUUGAGUUUUCUCAGCCUUUUAAAGGCCGACGGUGCGUUCAGGUGUUCUUCUCAACCCGUACACCAACCCCCCCCCCCCAAAGUGGUGUAGCGCUCUCCUCUUGGCCUUGGUGAAUAGUUUGAUUGACAGGUGGUUCAUCCAUUCCAGUACUUAUCUCUGUUCCAGUGACCUCGUCUACGACACAUUUUUCGUUCCUAUGCAACAAAAUGAUCAGUUACGUUUUGUUUAAAAUUUAAGACGAGACAAAAACGUAAUGGUUAGUUUUAAGGGAAAACAUGGAGGCUCUGUUUAAAACGACACUGAGGACUGAAACUAAAACACGUUGGUAACAAAUGUACGUGGUUCUAGUGUUUAGAGAUAAAGCAAUCCACCACCAAAUAGGAUUCUAUAUUUUGGAACAUCAUUUUUACAGACUAACCCCGUUUUUUUUCCUUCUUCCCAAUAAUCCAACAAUAACAGUAUGCAAGAGGUUGAAUACACACACACUGCCUAAAUAUACUCCAUUAAUUUCCUUGUCUCCGUAACGAGCGAGUGGCAAAGCUUGUGUCACGAAAUCACUGAACACAGGAGCCAGUGAUCCACUGUGGACCAAACCAAGAAAUGCAACCGUGGGGGGUGUUGUUGGGGGGCGGCGGCCCGGUCGGAUGUGAUGCAAGAAAUAUGUUCAGUGUCAAACGCUACAUUUAAUUCAGCAUUAAAAAAAACGCAGGACUCAUUGUUUAAAUAAUCGGACGGUGUUCUCAAAAGGAUGUUUCACAUUUUAGCACUUUUGGAGAAUUGUGUUUUUUUGUAUUCCGUUCAGUAUCCGUGACGACAAAAAUCCAGGAGCUGUUUUUUCAUUUCCUUAAAAUGCCGGAUUAAAGGUUUCCCGCAUUUGGAUGUCUGUUCAACACCAACAGCAUCAAAGUCUGACCUCUCUCCUGCUACAAAGACCUUCUUUCGGCAAAUGCAGUAGUAUAUUUAUCCCAGUUUGUUGUCAAUAGAUUGUUCCACAUGGAUUUAUUUCUUAACUGUAUAUGCAUUAAUAAAGUAACAGCUCAUGGGGUUUAGAGACA